AUGGAACGGAUGAAGGUGGCGAUAGAAAACCUGCAGUUAUCUGAUGACAAGAUUCUUGCUAAGAUGCUGGCAGAUAAGUGUUCGGAAGAAGAGUACCAAGCAGAGUACGACAGCAUGGAUAAGUACCGGGAUGAGUGGUCGGACUUUUGUGUCAAAGUGCGUCGCGUUUUUCACCUGCCUGGGGUCCUGUCGGAAUCCGAAGCCGGAUCGUCGUCGCAGUCGACUACGUCAAAAAAGAAUCGGACUUACAAGCUGCCCAAAAUUGAAAUUAAGAAGUUUGCAGGCGAAGUGACGGAAUGGAUUAGUUUUUGGUCACAAUUCGAGAAGAUACAUUUAGAUGAAGAACUCCACGAUUGUGACAAAUUUCAGAAUCUUGUUCAAUCAAUGGUUCCUGGCUCCAAAGCUGCAAAACUUGUUGAAAGUUGGCCACAGUCUGCAAAGAAUUAUCCCAAAGUUAUCGAGGCUAUGCAGGACAGGUUUGGCGACAAAGUGCUACUCAUUGAGGUGUAUGUAAGGAAGCUGCAACAAUUGGUCAUCUCUAAUGCUGGAAAGAAGAAUGAUAAUAUCUCAUUGGCGAGUAUGUAUGAUGAUCUCGAGUCCAAUUUGAGAGGUCUCGAGUCCCUUGGAGUGACAUUUAAAGAAAGUGCAGCGUUCCUCUAUCCAAUGAUUGAAUCAGGACUGCCAAUUGAAUUAGUGAAAGUGUGGCAGAGAAGUGCCUUGUCCGGAUAUGGAGACGAAGAAAUUAAGCCGGUGGAGGAGAGACUGACUUGUCUCAUGAAGUUCAUCCGCGCGGAAGUUAAGGGAGCUCAGAGGCUCACAUUCGUCAUCCCAUCGCAGAAACAGCCGGAAAAGGACAAGAAGAAAGAUAAUCAUCGCGGUGAAGGGUAUCACAAGAGCGACGUCGCAACAGCAGCUGGGUUAUUCAGUGGGCAGAGUUCAACUUGUAUUUUUUGUGACAAGAAUCACGCCAGUGUUGACUGUUGGCGAGGACCUCAGAUGACCAUGAAAGAGAAGAAUGGCAGAGUGAGGGACAGAAAGUGUUGCUAUAAGUGCUUAAGGUCCGGUCUUUUUCAAGCAGCUGUAAAGCAAAGUUAA